CGGCGCUUCCGUUCGCGUAAUGGCAGUUGAUGGCAGUGCGUAUCCGACUCGGACUCGGGGAGAGGUGAAUACUUUGGCGGAGCGUGGGUUGUAGCGACUCGACGAGCGUCGCUCUAUGUCGGCGGCUGUAACGACAAACCGUUGCGGGCAUUGACACACGUGUUCGACGCUUCAAAGUGUGCUUCCCGUUCAUAUUGCUCAUAUUGUACGGGAGCGACGACGACGAAAGACCGACACAUCAUACACACACACACACACACACACACAACGUAAACGUCGGCGAGACGUUACUCUUGGCGCUUCCAUUAACAUAUACAUAACAUAGCCGCACUGUACCGAAACCAUUCUCCCGUAAAAGCCGUAUCAGACGGUGCGUGAAAAAUUGCGAAUUGCAAAUCAGAAAUUGACCAAUUGAAUAAUUUGGAUUUUCACUCGCUUCAUUCUGAUUGGUUUAGUGUCAAUCUACAGUUCGCAUUCCUCGAUCUCCAAUACUUGGUGUUGUAUGAACUUAAAGAGUCGGCCGCUUAUCAAUUUCAUUCGCAUACCGCAAAUCUCUAGCUCGUCAUCGCAAAAUACGAAGAUUAACCAUUAGAAUGUUCUCGAUAAUCAACUAGACUACGAAUCUCAAUCUCACUGUGAAGGCUCGAGAUACUAGGAUGCAGGAUAUGAAUUCCUUUCAUUAAGUAAUAAAUAAAUUGUUCCUUAAGAAUUUAUACAACAUGAUUACAGAGGAAAUAUCUGUCUCUUAUUCUUAAAUUGAUAAAAUGCCACCAAGGCGUGUAGAAGACGUGCCUGUUAAAAGAGUAGCAGCCGCAGGGUGCAAAUUACCAGCACAAUUGCCAGCAGGAGAAAUUCUAACAGAUAUUACGCAAAAUAAAUGGAAAUUGGGAAAUACGAUUGGCUAUGGUGGUUUUGGAGAUAUAUACCUAGCUUCCAACGACAUUACAUCGCCUGUUGGGGAAGAUGCAAAGUAUGUUAUAAAAAUUGAACCUCACAAUAAUGGGCCGUUAUUUGUCGAAAUGAAUUUCUACAUUAGAGCGGCACGCAGGCACAUGAUUGAAAGCUGGUGUAAUUCACAAGGCAAAAGAAGGAUUGGUGUCCCUACAUACGAAGGAUCAGGGUCUCAUGUUUACAGAGGCCAACGGUACAGGUUUCUGGUAAUACCGCGGUAUGGUAUAGAUAUCGGAAAAUUAUUUCUAACGCACAGGAGAAAGUUGCCAACAAAACUCGUCAACACGUUAGCUGUACAAAUGUUGGACGCGUUAGAGUAUAUUCACAGUAAGGGAUACGCUCAUGCGGAUAUAAAGGGACCAAAUAUCCUGCUUGCGGGAACAUACGGGGAAGGAAUAGGAAGAGAAAAGUCCGAAGCAUAUUUAGUGGACUACGGAUUGGCGUAUCGUUUUCGCACAGGAACUGGUCAGCAUAAAUCGUUCGUACACGACGAGAGAAGAGCUCACGAAGGCACUUUAGAGUAUACAUCGCGGGAUGCUCAUCAUGGAACACACUCAAGGAGAGGAGAUUUAGAGACUUUAGGAUAUAAUAUUAUACAGUGGUUAUGUGGAAAGCUGCCAUGGGAAAAAACUAAUGAUGAGAUGAGUUUACUGAAUCCAGAAGAAGUUCAUGCACAAAAGGAAAUUCUUCUCUCAGACUUACCUUUGUUUAUGGACAAAUGCUUCCCUGACAAGAAAAAGCCGCCUGCUGCGAUUUUAGAAUAUAUGAAGCAUAUCACCGAGCUAGAAUUCGAGACUAAACCCAAUUAUUCUUAUUUGCGGAAUUUGUUUCUGUAUGGCGGUAGUCAAGACGGCAAUAUACCUUCGUAUCUUUAUUAUAUGAAGGAAUCCAGUGAAAAUCUUACGUGCUCCACAUUUUUUGAGCGUCCAUAUCUAAGAGAAAGAAAACCUUGUAGGCCUGUAAACGGCGAGAUACGAAUAACGCGAAACACGCUGCCUAAACAUCCAACUCAGAAGAAAGACUUUUCUUGGGAAGCGGUAUUAGCAUUGCACCCGGAUAAAUUCGCGAAAAUUAGUACCCAAUCACCACCUUCGCCUCUCACGCCGCCCCCGUCACCGCGACCACCCUCUUUACCAACGUAUGCGAUGUUGGAUGUACUUCGUAGAAUGAAAGAAAAACAAUCUGGUACAUUUAGGCACACCAAAUCACCGUUAAAGUCAUCAGAUAACGACCUCAAGGCAAAAUGGAUGACCCCAGCGAUGGAGGAAAUUGCACGACUAAGGAAAAAGAACACCGAUUCGCUCGUUUCUGAGUCUGAUCCGGAAAGCAGUACAUUACGCAUAACACGUUCUCGUGUGGCAAAAUUAAAACGACUCGGAGCUCAAAAGCAACGUAAACGGACGCAAGAAAAUCCUAUUGACAGCACAGUAAGGCAUAAAAGAAGGAAAGGGCCGUCCUCCUAAAUGGGCUCGAGUAUUACGGAGAGAUUGCUUCUCUGACAAUGAUACCAUCGGCAUUCUCUUCCUCUCCCCCUCUAUGUCUCUCUCUCUCUCUCUCUCUCUCUCUCUCUCUCU